AUGACAGCGACGGCCGACUUCCCGGCCGAGUUCUUGUCGCUCGGAGCGGACUUUGUUGACAGUAAAAUGGCCAUCAACAACAGCAUCAGUGACAUGCUACGUAGCCGACCCAGUGCAGGCAGUACCGCUUCGCAGAUCGCCCAAGCGCGAGUGGCCGAAGCUCAGCGCUAUAUCAAACUCAUGACUGUCGAAGUGCGAGGCCGACCGCUGCAAUUGAAGAAAGCCAUGCAAACAAAGAUAAACUUGUAUCGCGAGGAACUGCAGGGACUGAAGCGGGACGUGGAGCGCGCGCAGCUAAUGGCUCAAAAAGACAAAGCCGUUACAAAUAGCACAGGAAAUCACACGUCGCAGUACGAACGCCUGAUCAAGAACAACGAUCGACUUGCCCAGUCUUCCAAGAAACUAGAAGAGACGCAUCGGAUCGUUGCUGAGACGGAAGAGGUUGGGAUCAGCGUACUGGACACAAUGGCACAGCAGCGCGAGAGCCUUCUUGGAGCUCACGAAAACGUCCGCGAGACAGGGGCAAUGACAACCGAAGCACGGCGGAUUCUGCAACGCAUGACGCGCCGGAUCAUCGCCAACACUAUCGUGCUGUACACAACCAUCUUCGUGCUCAUCGCUGCUAUUUGCUACGUGCUGUACGCCGACUUUAUCCGUGCCGCCCGCUUGUUCUAA